CUCUUAAAAUUGUCAAAAACUAAAAAGCACAAAAGAGAAACAAAAUAGUGUCUCUGAAAUGGUUCCCAAAUUCAGUGUUUGCGUGGACGAUGGUGGGAUUGGGCGUGGAACUAGACCUAUCUGAAAUUGAAUAACACCACCAACCCACUUUUUCAAAUUGUUAAAAAAUCAAAUCUUUGGAGUAGCCUUGUUUCAACUUGUUAUGUUAUGUUCCUUUUUUGGUGUUUAAAAUCAUGGGGUUUCUUGAUCCUAGCUUGGCUCUAUAAACUGCAAUAGUAGCUUAUGUGGGUCCAAUCCAAAUGGUACAAUCCCUUUCUCUGCAAAUUCAUCCUUUUUUUGGUUCAAAAGAAAUGAUCCGGUAUUGAAAGCUCUUGACUAUUGGCAAUGGCAAUUGUGUUUACAAAAGUAUAUGUUUGAUUGGUUUUCUGACGAUAUUCUUGAUUUCAACUUCGAAAUUUUGUUGAUUCUGGAUAUCGAUCAAUCUCCCUUAAUACCAGAUAGAUGAUAGAUCUGGUGGUAGAGUGUUUGGCUUCACCGUGGGGCAAAUCUCCUUUGGCAAUAUAGCUUCUGAGUCGCAAUCUCGGAAGAGGCAUAUUUAUUAACUACUUUCUAGAAAUUACUUAUGUUUGAAGAUUCAGCUGUAUUGGGCAAAUCUCCUUUGGCAAAAUUUAAUUAAUUUUCUUUGUCUUGAUUCCUAGUAUUAAAAAUAUAUAUCAAAAUAGUAGUUGUCAUCUAGGAAAGUAUCACCAUUCUAAAGUUAUUCCACACUUUCACUAGGUCAAAUCUCCUUUGGCAUCUUUUGAUUAUAUUGGUCAGUUUCUUUCAACUACUUUCAUUUUUCCUUCCAAAAAAUCACAAAAAAAUUGUCUGAUAGUUAUAGCUCCUUGAUACUAGUUUUGCAAACCUCUCUUGAGUUUCUCUCAAGUUUCUUUUCUGUGGAAAUUCCAGUCCAAACUGGGCAAAUCUUCUUUGGCAUUUCGAGGUCCUGAUAGUCUCAUCGGGCAAAUCUUCUUUGGCAUUAAAUUUCCAGUUUCAGUUGUUAAGAAACUGGCUUAGUAUCUGUGACUUAUAUCAGUAUCAAUCAGAAACAUUUUGUUUUGUUUACAAACAUCCUCUCAAAUCAAUAUUGAAUCAUCUGUCAUGGAUUGCAAUACAUACUGACACUGAAUGCUUCUAUUUGCUUGAGAAGAAAUAUAGUUGAUGGAAGCUCAUAUCACUGAUUCAGACUGGGAGGAGACUUCCAGUGAGAGCAGCAGCGGCGAAGAUCAAGAGGAUAUUGAUUUUCUGUAUGAUGGGCAAGCUCGGAGCAUAUUAUCAAGUUUAGAGGAAAGCAUUGGCAGGAUCGAUGAUUUUCUCUCAUUCGAGAGGGCAUUUGGUUAUGGCGAUGUCGUCUGCUCCAUGUCAGACCCGUCCGGACAGAUGGGGAGGGUGAUAAGUGUUGAUUUGUUUGUAGAUUUGGAAAAUGUUCAAGGAAACAUAUUAAAAAACGUGAACUCCAAGAAACUUCUGAAGAUUCGCUCGAUUUCAGAAGGUGAUUAUGUAGUUAAAGGGCUGUGGCUCGGUCAGGUUCAAAAGGUGGUGGACAGAUUAACUGUAUUGUUCGACGAUGGAACAAAAUAUGAAAUCACUACCUUGGAAAAAGAUAAGAUUUUUCCACUAACUCAUAAUUUUCUUGAAGAUUCGCAAUAUCCAUACUAUCCGGGGCAGAGAGUGAAGGUUAAGUCCUCCACUGCUUCUAAAUCAGCUAGAUGGCUUUGUGACAAUUGGAGAGACAAUCAUGAUGAAGGAACUGUUUGUUCUGUGGAAGCAGGUUUGGUGUAUAUUAAUUGGCUUGCGCCCGUUCUUUUUGGUUCUAAUUUGAAUGUGAAUGUUAAUGCUCCUCCAUGUUGGCAAGAUUCCAAAAACUUGGCCUUGUUGUCAUGUUUUUCACAUGCAAAUUGGCAACUUGGUGACUGGUGCAUGCUCCCAGUUGCAGACCAAAAGGAAUUAACUGAACUGACGAUUCAAGAUUCGUCUGAUAGUUAUCUUCCUAAUAUGCAUAGUAUGGAUAGAGUAUAUAGGAGAAGAAACCUUGACUCUAGCAUAGGGGAGUUGUUUAUAAUUGGGAAGAUAAAGACCAAAGUUGAUAUUAUUUGGCAAAAUGGUGAACAUAGUUUGGGGUCAGAUCUUCAGAACUUAAUACCUGUGAAUGUCAUAAACACUCAUGAAUUUUGGCCUCAUCAGUUUGUUCUGGAAAAAGGUACUUCUGAUGAAGAUAAGGCUAGCAAUCAAAGAUGGGGUGUUGUUCUAUCUGUGGAUGCAAAAGAGCAUACAGUAAACGUACGAUGGAGGACAGUUCCAACAUCUGAGCCGGAUAGUUUGGCUGGAGAAACAACAACUAUGGAAACUGUGAGUGCGUAUGAACUUGUUGAGCACCCGGAUUAUCCGUGUUGUUUUGGUGAUAUUGUGUUCAAGGCGGCUCAAAAACAACUCAGUUAUCAAGCUGAAAACAAUAAUGCAAAUUCAAUGAGUGACUUGAAUGUGGAAGCUCCUCUGAAUAAGUCCCAAGAUAACUGUGACCAGUCUUGUAUUGGCAAUAUUACUGGUUUCAAAGAUGGUUGUGUGGAGGUCAAAUGGGCUUCUGGUUUAACGACCAAGGUUGCACCCUAUGAAAUUUUUCGGUUUGAUAAACCUGAAGGUUCACCUGCAACUCCUGUUUCUUAUGAAACAAAUAUUGAGGAGUUGACUCAAGAUAUUAUUGAACAUGGAAGUCUAACUUCUGACCAGAAGGGAAAGGGCUUGUCAGAUUGUAAUGGUGAUAGAGAUAAAUGUGAAAAGCAUCCAGGAGAGAGUAGUUCCUUUUCCUUUUCUCAAGCUGCCCUUGAACUUUUCUCCAUCAUUAAAGCCAGCAUACUCCAAACACUUGGUGUGGCAUCAUUGUAUGAAGCUGUUUCCGCAGUGCCUACAUUUGAAGAGGGAAAUGCGUCUGAUUAUCUCGACAAGAAAGAUUUGGAAACAUGUGGUCCCGACAAUGAUUCACAUGCUGUGAGCAGAUUGCAGUCUACUGAAGACUCAACUCCAUAUCGCGAAGUUAUUAGGAUUCAUGAGCGGAACAAUGUUCCGGUUUCUUUAGACAGCAACAGUUCAGAUCAGUUGAAGCAGUUUGAUGUAAUUGAUAAUUGCUCAAACCACCACUUUUUUAAUGAGGGAAAAGGGCUGCCAUUAUCUCAGGUUAAGAAAGAUUGGGCGAAAAAGGUACAGCAAGAAUGGAGCAUCUUGGAGAAAAAUCUUCCUGAAACUAUUUAUGUCCGUGUUUUCGAAGAAAGAAUGGAUCUCAUCCGCGCAGCCAUCGUUGGUGCGUCAGGAACACCUUAUCACGAUGGUUUAUUUUUCUUCGAUAUAUGUUUCCCUCCAGAAUAUCCCAAUGAACCACCUAUGGUGCACUACAUUUCUGGCGGGCUACGAGUAAAUCCUAAUUUGUACGAGUCGGGGAAGGUCUGUUUGAGUCUCUUAAACACAUGGACUGGUACGUCGACCGAAGUGUGGAAUCCUGGAGCUUCCACUGUUCUUCAAGUCCUUCUCUCUCUGCAAGCUCUUGUCCUUAAUGAGAAGCCUUAUUUCAAUGAGGCUGGAUAUGACCAACAAAUUGGCAGAGCUGAAGGAGAGAAAAACUCAGUGAGUUACAAUGAGAAUGCUUUCCUCCUCACCUGCAAAUCCAUGUUGUAUCUGUUAAGAAAGCCGCCGGAGCAUUUUGAGACAUUGGUGGAAGAACACUUUAGACAACGCGCCAAACAUAUACUUGUUGCUUGUAAGGCGUAUCUUGACGGAGCUCCUAUUGGUGUCGAAAAAACCGAGCAUGAAAACCAUAAAGGAACUUCAACAGGAUUUAAAAUUAUGCUUACUAAACUCUUCCCUAAGCUUGUAGAGGCAUUUUCUGAUAAGGGAAUUGAUUGCUGCAUGUUUGUUGACAUGCAAAACUAAAAGCUCAACCAAGUUGAGUCAACCAUCCAAAACCUUAUGUAUAAUAUUAAUUUGUUUUCAUGUGUAUCAAAUUAUGCUUGAUAAAGAAACAUCAUGUUUUGAUUGUUUUCUUGUGGAAUAUUUAUGUAUCAUAUGGCUUGCAUAUGUGAAAAUAUUAUACUAAGAAUAAAAACUGAUUUGCUUGAUUUUUC